GCUCCAGACGGUCGGCGAGAGUUGAGGAAAUAAAAAUAUUCAUUACAGUGUAUUAAUGCGAACAGUGCAACUGCAGAUAAUUUAUCGAACUUCAAUCAUUAAAUAUACAUACCUUCAAUAUUGUUGACUAGUGAAAGUAUAAUAUAAACGUUUAGCAAAAAUGCAAAGUGUUUUAAACACUGUCAAAGGCACAGCCCUAAAUGUGGCCGAGUAUCUUACUCCAGUCUUAAAGGAAUCAAAAUUUCGAGAGACAGGUGUUUUAACACCGGAAGAAUUUGUAGCCGCUGGUGAUCACUUGGUUCAUCACUGCCCAACUUGGCAGUGGGCUGCUGGCGAUGAAUCUAAAACAAAAACAUAUUUACCAAAAGACAAACAAUUCUUAAUCACUCGAAAUGUGCCUUGCUAUAGGCGUUGUAGACAAAUGGAAUAUGUGGGCGAGGAGACUGUGGUUGAAGAGGAAGGUGGUGACGGUGGUUGGGUUGAAACACAUCAACUAAACGAAGAUGGCACAGCAGAGUUGGAAGAAAAUGUGUGUGAAUUGACACUAGAUGAAAAUAAAGAUGAAAUGCGUACACCCGAUGAAGACAAAGGUGCAAAUGGCGCUGCACUUGAUGAUAACGAUAGCGAUGACGAAGAAGAUGACGAAGCAAUUGAUAUGGAUGAGUUUGAAGAGAGUGGUAUGUUGCAGCUAGUAGAUCCUGCUGUAGCCACUACAACGCGUAAAUUGGAUGCGGAAGCUGGUAUAAAAAAAUCAAAUUCUGGUGAAGCAGCUGGUGGUGCUGACGCCACCGAUUCCGUUUUGCAUACACGCACCUAUGACUUGCAUAUUACUUACGAUAAAUACUAUCAAACACCACGACUUUGGGUGGUCGGUUAUGAUGAGAAUCGAAAGCCCUUAACUGUUGAACAAAUGUACGAGGAUGUUUCGCAGGAUCAUGCUAAGAAGACUGUAACAAUGGAUAGUCAUCCGCAUUUGCCCGGACCCAAUAUGGCUAGCGUACAUCCAUGUCGCCACGCUGAUAUUAUGAAAAAGAUUAUACAAACUGUCGAAGAAGGUGGCGGUGAGCUGGGCGUACAUAUGUACUUGAUAAUUUUCUUGAAAUUCGUGCAAACUGUUAUACCGACCAUCGAAUACGAUUUUACUCAAAACUUUAAUAUGUCUUAAACCGUUUAAUUUUUAGUGCUGCAACAAGGCUUUUGAUCACUACAUAGGCAAUUUUAAAUGUUAAUUAUAAGAUUUAAAUUUUGAAAGCUGCUAAAAUUGCUUAUGCUUUUUAGAAAUAAAAUAUUUUUUGUAUUUGAUUUAUGACACCAUAAAUUGACCAUUUA